AUGACAUUUGUUAAGGAUAUUAAUGAACCAUUUUGGUUCCAAGUAGAAUAUGGAUUUAAUGACUUCGAGGGGAAUGUUAAGGGCUACAUAGAAGAAGGAUUUGGAAUUGUUGACUUACCGCUUUUGACAGGUAGAGGCUUCUGUAAAGUUCUUUUAGCUGAUGAGAAUGCUCGCAUUGACAUAGUGCCGGUUGACAUUGUGGCUAAUAUGCAUAUUGUAGCUGCCUGGAGUGUUGGUACAAAGAGAAUGCCGUCCAUGUCAAUCAUCAACUGUACUGCAGGACCAUGGUUUCUAACGUACGGAUCAUAUAUCGAGACCUGGAAAAAACUCUACUCUCAGUUUUUGUUGCCCAAAUCUUUUCAAAAACUUUCUCUCUCCGUCGCAAAAAACAUAUAUGUGUAUAAAUUAUUGGUACUGUAUGAGCAUUAUCUCCCAGCUUAUGUUCUUGAUCUCAUAUUUUCUCUUCAAAAAAGCAAAGUCAGGUUGGUGAAGUUUUAUAAAUUACUGGACGAGCAAGCGUAUGCAUUUCAUUUCUUCACCACCACUGUAUUUGAUUUUGAAAUGGGUAAUUUUAUUACAGUAGAGGAACAAUUAGAUUCCAGAGAUAAGGAGAUGUUUUCUUUGAGACGAGAUGAUAUAGACAUAAUCAAACUGCACGAAGAAAUUCCAAAUGGAUGCCCAUAUUAUGAUUGGAAAGUUGCAGAUACUCUGACACCGGAAGAAAGAAAGGUAAAAGUUAUAAGCCACAAUAAAGAUGGAACUAUACCAUGCUACAAUGAAGAAAUUUCCAAUGCAACGGAUGAUCGUGUUGUUCUACCAGCAGCCAUUCGUCUCAAAUAA